CUCCAAAUUCGUUCCGACAAAAGUCCGGCCAACGCUUUGUACAAAUAAAGUGACUCCAAUAAGUGCCAUUGAGAUACCAUAUUGGCUUCUAUACCUAUAUUUGUCACCUUCGACUCGCAAUGUCUGAUUUUGCGUCUCCCGCCUCUACCCCCUCUUCUUCAUCUUCUUUAGUCCCCACUAUUGAUAUCUCCCCAUUUCUUCUAAAUCCAACUAGCGAAGCAGCAAAUGAUGUAUGCCAGGCUAUUCGUGUGGCGUGUUUGCACACAGGCUUCUUCCAGGUUAUUGGCCAUGGCGUGUCUAUGUCUACCAUGACUAGAGCCUUUGAGGCAUCGCGUCGUUUCUAUGCGCUGCCUCUGGAGGAAAAGCAGAAGCUUGAUAUAACGAAACAUCUUGGAUUCCGUGGAUAUGAUGGGAUAGGAACUCAGUCAUACGGUGGAGAUACCUUGCCUGAUCUGAAAGAGAGUUUUUUCAUUGGCCGCGAUGUUUCUCAAUCACAUACAGACUAUGGCCGCAUACUCACAGGCCCAAAUAUCUGGCCUUCUUUUCAGGUCCUCCCCGCAGUCGCAUUCAAGGAGCCUGUGGAAGCAUUGUUCUCGGCCCUGAUGGAACUAGCAUGCAAGAUCCUAGAGAUACUAGCGCGGACUCUACCAUACGGCGAAGGGAUCUUCGAUCGUUUUAAGCGCGAUCCUGCUACGCCUAUGCGUAUGUUACACUAUCCACCCACGGAGGGGGCAAUGGAUGCCGCUGCGGUCGACGACGAGAGACAGCUCGGUGCUUCGGCGCACACGGACUUCGGUGCAAUUACUCUCUUGUUACAAGACCAAGUAUCUGGAUUGCAGGUGCACGACUCGGAUACAGGUAACUGGGUAGACGUACCACCUCGUCAAGAUUCUAUCGUUGUCAAUAUCGGCGAUAUGAUCACGCGUUGGACCGCGGGUGAGUAUAAGAGCAGCGUCCAUCGAGUUAUCAAUCGUUCCAGUACAGAUAGGUACUCAAUCGCCUUUUUUUUUGAUGGGAAUAUUGACUGUCCACUUGAUCCUCUCGAUGGCACAACAGCUCCUGGUGAGUCUAUUACGGUUGAGCAACAUAUGAUUGAGUGUAUACGUUCAUCGUAUGCGAGCAAGUAGAUAUAUCAUUUGUGUGGGCGCAUCUGGAUAAUCCGGGUUACGAGGUAUAAAUGCCUGG